AAAACCCCAGGGUUUUUUAGCUCCUCUUCGUCAUGAGCAUGGCGGCUCGGUUGCUCGCCAGGCGAACCAGCGCAAUGCCGCCGGGGCUCGUCAUCGCCAGAGGUAUGGCCGUAGCUAGCAAUCAGGAGAAUGCGGCGGCGGCGGAGGAGUCGCUCAAGAGCUCGUGGUUCCAGAGGAUCAAGGGCCUCUUCGUCCGUGACAAGCCAGCGGAAUCAAAGCCGAUGGAAGAAUCGAAGCCACCGCUGCGAGCAUCCAUCGAGCAAGCGUCCAAGCCUUCCGAGAGUAUCGCUUCUAAGAUUGUCAACACUGUGAAAUCGGCUGUAGCUCCAAGCGUCUAUUCUAUGGAAGCCUUUGCUGACGAGCUCAAGAAGGCCCGGUACGCUGGCUCUCUUGUCAAGGGCGCUUCCAAAGAACAAAUCUCCGCUAUUCUCGAGAAGCAAGAGAAGAUGAUCCGAGCUCUAGCCACUUACAAAACAGAACAAAUUGGAGCAUCGCAGGUGGCCGAAGUAGCAGUGAAAUGUAAAGCCCGAGCUGAGGAGGUGGAGGACAUUCUCUCCAAGUACAAGUGGACCAAAGAAGCUCACAGCAAGGUGGAGAAGCUGAGAAAGGAAGGGAAGCCUCUCCCAAAGAGUUUUGAUGAAGUGGAGGCCCUUAUGGGUGGACGAUGGAAAUCGCCCAAGAGCGUCCCUAUACUCAGUCGAAACCAGCUGUGCUCUUGCGGCUCUGGGAAGAAAUACAAGCGGUGUUGUGGACAGACCGCAAGCAUCUAGAACCGAAUUUUCGCCAUAGUUCUCCAGUAUAUUUCACGAAUAUGAAAAAAAAACACUGCAAAGUAGAUUUAUCAGAGAGUUUUUUUGGUUAACUCCCAAAAAUAAAAUAAUUACUUAACGAAUUUCA